GCAGGCCCCGCAGACCGGAUUGCAACGUCGAGACUGGCUGCCGGGGCCCUUUGCUCACCCGAGUAACGGGGGUCAGAGAACAAGGCAUACAGAGCUGCCAUGCCUGGCCACCAGCAGCCCCCACAGGGGGAGCAUCCGAGUGUGACACUGUUUCGCCAGUACCUUCAAAUCCGGACUGUGCAGCCAGAGCCCAACUAUGAUGAAGCUGUGCUUUUUUUGGAGAAGAUAGCCAGUGACUUGGGCCUUGAGUGUCAGAAGGUGGAGGUGGCUCCCGGUCGAGUAGUGACAAUAUUGACCUGGCAAGGCACAGAUCCCAGACUCCAUUCCUUGGUGCUUAACUCCCAUACUGAUGUGGUGCCUGUCUUUGAGGAACAUUGGAAUCAUGAUCCCUUUGAAGCCUUCAAGGACACUCAAGGAAACAUUUAUGCUCGGGGUGCCCAAGACAUGAAAUGUGUUGGCAUUCAGUACCUGGAGGCGAUUCGGAGGCUGAAGGAAGAAGGGAAGCGUCUUCCCAGGACCAUUCACCUGACGUUUGUCCCUGAUGAGGAGAUUGGAGGACACAAGGGCAUGGAGCUCUUCGUGAAAAGGCCGGAGUUUCAGGCGCUGCGAGCUGGCUUUGCCCUGGACGAGGGCUUGGCUAGCCCGACAGAGACCUUCGUAGUCUUCUACAGUGAACGGAGCCCUUGGUGGCUCCGGAUCACAAGCUCUGGGAACCCAGGCCAUGGCUCCCGUUUCAUUGAGAACACAGCAGCAGAGAAGCUGCACAGGGUGGUUACUUCAGUCUUGGAGUUCCGAGAGCAGGAGAAGCUUCGGCUGCAGUCGGACCCCAGCCUGACUUUGGGGGCUGUGACAUCGGUGAACCUGACUGUCCUGCAGGGAGGAGUUGCCUAUAACGUGGUCCCGGCCACCAUGAGCGCUGGCUUCGACUUUCGAGUUGCUCCAGACGUGGACCUCAAGGCCUUUGAGAAACGGAUUCAGGGCUGGUGUCAGGAGGCCGGUGAAGGGGUCACCUACCAGUUUCAGCAGAAAUGGACAGAGCCCCGAAUUACAGCCACAGAUGACUCUAACCCGUGGUGGGCUGAGUUCAGCAGAGUCUGUAAAGAGAUGAAUCUCACUGUGAAGCCUGAGAUCUUCCCAGCUGCCACUGACAGCCGCUACCUACGUGCUGCAGGGGUCCCAGCCCUGGGCUUCUCACCGAUGAACUUAACCCCAGUCCUGCUGCACGACCACAACGAGUUCCUGAAUGAAGCCGUGUUUCUUCGGGGCAUAGACAUCUAUGUUCGACUGCUGCCUGCCCUGGCCAGUGUGCCAGCCCUGCCCAAUGAGUGCUAACACGUCUGGGUCCUGGUUCCCAUCUGCAGCAGCCUCUGGCUUCUCCUAGUGCCUUCCCCUCCCCAGCCUGCUCAGGUCUGGGAACACCUCCCCGUAGGAACCCUUUUAGGAAAGGUAAUGCCAAAGACCUGGAUCUAUAAUAAAGCCUUGUUUUGGUGCUGA